CGCCCGCCGGCAACAUGCUGGCCUCCGGUUUCAUCGAGUACAAACUCGACUACCUCGAAUCCCAGAAGCUUGCCAUUGGCAAGUAUUUGCCCGGAAUAAGAAUCUCGGCCAGGGAGCUUAAUGCCGAAAUUCAGCUCUUCCCUCGUGGGCUUAAGAGCGACAAUUAAUGGCGAGUACAUCUCUCUCUUCGUGGGGAUGAAGAACGACCCCAAAAUCAGCGUCAUCUUCGAAGCUCUCCUGAUGGGCAAAGAUGGCGCACCAUCAUCAUCCUCGCACCAUGCAGACAGGUGUACGCAGAUCAUCAGGAUCCAAUCAUCCAACAAAACCGAAGACGACGGCCGAUUAUUCUGAGUCGUACUUUCUUAGUCUUUUUUUCUUUGGUCUUUUGUUUCCCUUCUCUCUUGGCAUAAGUCGGUCUACCUUAAUGCGUUGUGUAAUGAAUAUUCUUAUCUUCUAAUAUAUUGACGUGCAAUCCUUUUGCGCGUCGAGAAAAACGACCGAUUAUUCUGGCGCUUCGUUGGCUGGUAUCGCUUCGUGAAGCGAAGUGCUGUGGAUUCGCUCCACGCGAUCGACGGCGUGGUCACGUUCGUCUUCGGCCUCGUGAUUCUGCGCGACGAUCGCCAUCACCCCAUAGCCGUGCCGCCGCCGAACCUGGGCGGCCAUCUCGCCGCCAUGGUGGGCAGCGCCGACGGCUCCGACGUGUCCUUCUCCGUCGGCGGCGAGACGCUCAUCCGCGCGCACCGCGCCGUGCUCGCCGCGCGCUCGCCGGUGUUCAGCGCGGAGCUCCUCGGCUCCAUGGCGGAGGGCACCAUGCCGUGCGUCACGCUGCACGACAUCGAGCCGGCGACGUUCAGAGCUCUCCUGCACUUCGUGUACACGGACGCUUUGCCACCGAGAGACAUACUAUCUCCUUCGUUUUUCAAGAAAUUGUUCGCGGCAGCGGACAGGUUUGCGUUGGACAGGCUGAAGCUGAUGUGCGCCCAGAAGCUGUGGGAAAGCGUGACAGUGGAGACGGUGGCGGAGACUCUGGCCUGUGCCGAGAUGCACAGCUGCCCGGAGCUGAAGAGCAGGUGCCUCGACUUCUUCGUUGAAGAGAACAACUUCAGGAAGGUGGUAGUCACUGGUGGUUACCUGCGUCUUAUGCAGGGUUUCCCAUCUGUUAUCGAUGAGAUAAAAGCGCGGCUUGAGAUCUGAAACCUCGAGUUUUCUUCAAUGUUUUGAUCAGUUUCAAUAUGCAAAACCUCGAGUUACUAUUGUAUUCAUGCACUUCUCUUUGGUACUCAA